CUCUCUCUCUCACACACACACACACAUACACACACACUGUUACAUUCAUCACUCGCUCAAUCUGAAUCUCAAAUUCAGUAUAAAAAUGGCACCCUCAAAUCUCCUCUCCAUUCGCAGCCUCUCACUCUCUCUCUCUGUCUGUAUUUCUAGGGUUCUCCGGAUUCCACUUUCUAUGUAAGCUCCGGCGAUCCCUUUUACUACUCAAUAAUACUCAUCUAAAUUAACUGGAUUCUAAUUUUUUGAUCUUUUUUUUCCCCCCCACCCUGAAAGUCUUUCUGAAAGCAACAUUAGCUGUAGGAAUGGGAUUAUUGCUUCUGAUUAUUCGAUUAUACUGUGUUUUUUUUUUUUUUGGUUUUAGAGCUUGGCGUAGUUGGUGAAUUUAAGGGAUGUCGAAAGCGGGUGCCUUUGAUCUCGCCAGUGGUCUCACCGGAGGGAUCCGAAAAGAAGAUGUUCUCUCCACCGUCGAGACGUAUGAGAAGUAUCACAGUUGCUAUGGAGGCGAAGAGAAAGAUAGAAAGGAUAACUACACUGAUAUGGUGAAUAAAUACUAUGACCUUGUUGCUGCCUUCUUUGAAUAUGGAUGGGGAGAGUCAUUCCAUUUUGCGAACAGAUUGAAAGGGGAGUCUCUACCAGAGAGCAAAAAACGACAUGAGCACUUCAUUGCUUUACAGCUAGGACUAAAACCUGGACAAAAGGUAUUGGAUGUUGGGUGUGGAAUUGGUGGACCAUUAAGGGAAAUUGCCCAGUUCAGCAUGACCUCCAUUACAGGAUUGAAUAUCCAUGAAUACCAAAUAACAAGAGGAAAGGCACUGACCCGCAAAGUUGGAUUGGACAAGACAUGCGACUUUGUCAAGGCGGAUUUCAUGAAAAUGCCAUUUCCUGACAAUAGUUUUGAUGCUGUAUAUGCAAUUGAGGCUACAUGCCAUGCUCCAGAUUUGGUUGCGUGCUACAAAGAGAUUUAUAGAGUACUGAAGCCUGGUCAGUGUUUUGCUGUGUACGAGUGGUGCAUGACUAAUUCCUUUGAUCCCCACAAUCAAGAACACCAAAAUAUCAAGGCAGAAAUCGAGCUUGGUAAUGGCCUCCCUGAUAUCAGGGUUAUAGGACAAUGCCUUGAGGCUGUGAAGCAAGCAGGAUUUGAAGUAAUAUGGGAUAAAGAUCUUGCAGCAGAUUCACCUGUCCCUUGGUACUUGCCUUUGGAGAAAAAUCAAUAUUUCUCAGUGAUUGGCUUCCGUAAUACAGCUGUUGGACGUUUUAUUUUGAGAAACAUGGCCAAGGGCAUGGAAUAUAUUGGGCUUGCCCCCAAGGGAAGUCAAAGGGUUCUACAUUUAUUGUUGAAAGCUGCAGAUGGGCUAUAUGAUGGUGGAAGGAAAGAAAUCUUCACGGGAAUGUAUUUCGUCUUGGCUAGGAAGCCUCAUUUGGACAGCUAGUCAUGGCUCGGUAUGAAUUAACAAGCUGUUGUGCUGUGGUGAAUCUUUCCGGGAAUCCUGACUACUAGAUUUCGGUUUCAAUUUAUUUUUCUGUAAUUGCUUCUCUGGGUUUAUUUUUCUGAGUUGCUUGUUGCGUUGCAAUUUCCCAUUGUGUAUUUUUGUUUAAUUGGCUGUAAUUUCUUUGCUUCGGUCUUCCAUAGUUUACCGAUGUUAUGUGAAAUUUUCCUCGCCUUAUUAGUCGGGAUAUUGUGUUCACUUUAUUGAUAUUUGGUCUCAA